UUCAGAGCCUGGGAACCGCGUCUGCAAAAAUGACAGCUCGCGCGUUCUGGCUUCUCUGUUUGAUCAUCGGAUCCUCCCCCGAAGCCCCGGUGGCCCAGAGAAUAGGUAAGUUCGCGGGAGGGCAGAGCCUGGGGUUUGAGGAGACAGAGGGGGCAAGAGAGGGCACUUCAGGCGCCUCUGCCCGAGCCCCCUCCCGUUGCUCCCCCGGCUCGUCGGGCUCGGACACCCUCGUCUUCCGGCCUCGCCUCCCUGACGGCCUCCGGCCUCUCCCUUCUCUCCCCGCAGCCUCGCCGGCCCACGACAGGAACACGCCGGGGAGGGACGCGGAGUCGUGUGCGCGCGCCUGCAGGACGGACCUGGACGAACGCGAGUCCUACUGCGGGAGCGAAUUCGCAGUGAACGGAAUCGUGCACGACGUGGAUGUGCUGGGACCUGGGAUCCGGCUGGUGACGCUGCUGGUGGACCGCGACGGGCUGUACAAGAUGAGCCGCCUGUACAGCACCCCCGACGGCUUCUUCCUGCGCGUUCACAUCCUAGUCCUGGACUUGGCCAGUUGCCCUAAGCCCUGCCCCGAACUUAAACCCGGCAGCAGGUAUAUUGUGAUGGGCCACGUCUACCACAAGAGACGCCAGCUUCCUGCAGCUCUGCUCCGGGUCCUGAGAGGCCGUGUCCGCCCUGGAGAUGGGCUGCUUAGGAGCAGCAGCAGCUAUGUGAAAAGAUUUAACAGAAAAAGGGAUGGUCAAGUUCAAGGAGCCAGUAACACCCAGUGCCAUUGAAAUGGGCAAACUGACAUUGCUGGAUCUGAGAUUCGGACUGGAAAGGCCCACUUCAUGUCAGGGACUCUUUCUUCAGAACAGAGCCCGCCUGCUCCUUUCCGAACUACUUGUGCAGCACCAGCUCCUAUCUUGACGCUGCCACUCUGUGGCAUACUUUUGAAAUGUUAGGCGUCUGAGCUCAGUGGCAAGGUGAUUGCUGCAGUGCCAGGCAGUGGUUCACACAGCUCAUCAGAUAACGGACCAGGCCUGCUAAGGGAUCAUGGCUUCAUGUUAAUUUUAUCUUUAUUUAAAUACAUUCUCCAGUAGAGAUGAUAGUUUACCAAAAAUCCAAAAUUUCCUUGAAUUUAUAUAUAACUUUGGAUAUGAUCAUGUAUUGAACUCCAACCAUCGUGUUUUGACUUCUGUCACAUAACAGUCAGUACACUAGGUCAGGCAUUUUACAGACAUGAAAUGUCAUUUAGCUCAAACGCAAGGGUCAAAGCCUAGGAGAAGCAUUAACACUUUACAUUUAGAGCGCACUGACGGGCUAAAUUACAGCAAAUAUGCAAACAAAUGUUCCAGAUGAACCCAAGUAAAGAGUUUAUUUUUGUA